UAUUCAUGCUUCCAUGGUUUAUACCUCCUAUUUUUAGAUAACAAAAUAUCUUUCUUCUUCUUUUCUCACUUUCCACGACACGCGAAAGGCCAUAGAAUUCUUCUUGCUCCUUCCUUUUUCUCUUUCGCGGGAAUCGAUGGAGUCGGGCCGUGGGGUAAUUUCAUGCGGAUCGUGGAUUCGGAGACCCAAUAACGUUAAUCUGGUCGUCUUGGGUAAGUCAAGGACUCGCGAUUCUUCUUCGUCUUCGUCUUCUGUGCUCGAGUUCUUCUCCUUCGAUCCCGAUACUACGUCUCUCUCCCCCGCUCCCUUGGCUACAUAUGUGCUCGAAAAAACUGAAGGUGAUCCAGUAACAACUGCGGUUCAUCCUAGUGGAGAUUAUAUUGUGUGUUCUACAACAAAAGGUGGCUGCAAAUUGUUUGAGUUGCACAAUGAAGAAACAAAUUUAAAGGUGUUGUCCAAACAAUUACCUCCUUUACAAGAUGUUGGUCCACAAAAAUGCCUAGCCUUUAGUGUUGAUGGAUCCAGAUUUGUUACUGGUGGCAUGGACGGGCAUCUCAGAAUUUUGGAGUGGCCUAGCCAUCGUGUAAUUUUAGAUGAACCAAAAGCGCACAAAUUCUUCAGAGAUAUGGAUGUUAGCUUAGAUUCAGCAUUUUUAGUUUCAACAUCUUCUGAUGGUUCUGCGAGAAUAUGGAAUAUGCAAGAUGGUGGGCCUGUAACUAAUUUGUCCCGCAACUCGGAUGAGAAGAUUGAAUUAUGUCGAUUCUCUAAAGAUGGGACAAAACCAUUUUUAUUCUGCACUGUUCAGAGAGGUGAUAAAGCUGUUACUGCUGUUUAUGACAUAAGUACAUGGAAGAAAAUAGGAUAUAAGAGGCUGCUUAAGAAACCUGCUUGUGUAAUGUCUGUCAGCCUGGAUGGGAAAUAUCUUGCUCUAGGAAGCAAGGAUGGGGACAUUUGUGUAGCUGAAGUAAAGAAAAUGGAGAUUAGGCACUAUAGCAAGAGGCUGCACCUGGGUACAUGCAUUACAUCCCUGGAGUUCUGUCCCAAUCAGAGGGUUGUGUUAAGUACUUCCGAUGAAUGGGGGGCUGUGGUGACUAAGCUGACUGUUCCUGCAGAUUGGAAAGAGUGGCAGAUCUAUUUGUUGCUUGUGGGGCUAUUUUUGGCAUCUGCGGUUGCAUUUUACGUUUUCUUUCAGAAUUCUGAUUCAUUUUGGAACUUCCCUCUUGGGAAAGAUCAACCUGCAAGACCAAAGUUUGAUUCCAUUUUAGGAGAUGCACAGUCUUCUGAUGAUGUAUUUGGGCCUUUAGAUAUGUGAGCAUUUUUUUGAUAGACGAAAACUAGUCAAAGAUUUGUCAUUUUAUGUUAUAUAGUAAGGAAAGCAGGAAAUGAAAUGUGAUUGACCAAUCAAAUUAUUUAUUAUUCGCCAA